AGUGUAGAAAGAGACGAGGGACAAGGCAUUUCCGCUCUCUGGGGCCCGGAAUCCUAAGAGACGAGAAAGCAAACAAAUGGUCGACUCGUUUCUGUGCAAGAUGGCGCCUGGUGACGCCUCUCGUGUUCUCGUUUGUUUCUCACCCGCAGAGCUUUCCGGGCUGCCUUGCGCAGGAACCGUCGUCUCCCCGGCUGCCUCUUGGCUUGGUCGUGAGGCGAAAAAGGAAGCGGGGGGGGGGGCGCAAUUGGGGCCGCCCCUCCUCUGGACGAAGAGCGGAAGAAAACCACAAGAAUAGAGGGAUGACGAUGAUAAACGAGAAGGAAGUGUGCUGAGCCUGCAAGGAGGAGCGAGCGGGUGCUGGGCAUCUGCUCCUGCCGGGUGCGGAGGCUGCGUCGGACGCCCCAGCCUGCCUGCCUGCCCCCCUCCCUGGGAAGGCCAACACACACGCACUUGGCAGCCUUUAUAAAUACAGCCCUAAAGACUUGCCUUCUACUCUACUGUUGUUGCAUUUUGGAGGCUGUCCGGAAGGCACCCUCGUGUGGGGGGGGUGUACUCCUUAUUCAUACCCCAAGUAUUUAAUGAGAUGCAGAACACCAGUUUUCUCACAGUUCACAAACUGCCUAACACACUUUGGAAACUUACUCCCUUAAUAGCACAGCCAUAAGUGUCCACUCAAAAGGGAAAGUUUCACACUUUCUUGCAGAAAACUGAUUUUCUAGAUCCAUUUCAAUCAGUUUUGGUACAAAAACUGCUUUGGCCACACUGUAUGAUUACCUCUGUCAGGAGAGAGACAAUGGAAAUAUGUCCUUGUUAAUUCUCAACCUCUUAGCUUUCAAUACCAUCAAGCAUGGUAUCCUUCUGGAGUGGCUGUCUGAGUUAGGGGUGACUGGCACUGCUUUGCACUGGUACCAGUCCUAAUUGGAAGAUAUGCUUGUGCAGUGCUCUUCAGCCCCAUUGAGACUUCAAUGUGGGGUCUUCAGGGUUUAGUUUUAUCCCUUACACCACAGGUUUUCAACCUUUGAGUACACGGCUCCCUUGACUAACUACUGAUGUAAACAGAACUGGGGGGGGGGGGGAGUUCCCCCCUUCACAUUCCUGUAACCUACUGUUAAUAAAGUGUGUGCCCAAGGACUAACAGAAUAAUGUAUGUCCUUGAAAUAAUCAUGUAACACUGUAUUCUAUGAAUGAGUUCUCUAAUGAAUUCAAUGAAUGUCUCUAAAGGGAUGCUUAAGAAAUACCCUAUGAAAUAAUGUAACAACAAAGUGAGAACUUAUGUGUAUAUAUGUAAAAAUUGUUGCCAUUAUGACAUGUCCGAUAUAGGCAGCCCCACACUGCCAUCUAUUGAGUCUACGCCAGGGGUUGUCAACCUGGCCCCUACCGCCCACUAGUGGGCAUUUCAGGAUUCUAGGUGGGCAGGAGGGGGUUCUACAGCACAAGCUGAAUACAGUGGACGCUCCGGUUGCGAAUGUGAUCCGUGCGGGAUGCACAUUCGCAACCCGCAGCGGUGCGUCUGCGCACGUGCAGGUUGCUAUUCGGUGCUUCUGUGCAUGUGCAAAGCAUGAUUUAGCACUGUAUCAGGAAAUUUUAAAUUUCUAGGGACUUCCAGGGUCAGCGCCAUCGGUAAUGGCGGAAUUCCUCUGACUAGUAGGAAUUUGCUCUGUGGGAACCGGGUCUGGCCGUCACGGCGGAGACCCUUCAAAAAUCACAGGCGGGUGAAGCCUGUGAACGUGGGAUUCGGCGGGCACCUUUCGCGCGCCCCCUACUCGUGGGGAACCCCAAUUUUGGGGCUCCGGAGCGAAGCGGGGUGAGUGGCGCGGUGCUGUGAAUCGACUGCUUUUUCCACGGAGCGAAGCCGCACAGCCGUUGCCGGAGAGCGCUAACUUUUUCCUGUGGACAAUUGGAUUUUUAAAGCAACUACCCGUGAGUAGGAUAAAUUGGAAGUUUUUAAAGGAAAAAAAGAUUUAAUUUGGCACUGAAGCGGGGAGGCUCAAACAGGAAGUCCGCCUUCCGUUUUUGUAAAUAGAUCAAAGCAAAGAGCUUGCAAGCUAAAAUCUUGGAAAAUCGAUCGGAAAGGACUAAUUUCUCAACAUUAAAAAGGAAAGCAGGAGAAGAGGGGGGAAGUUUGACUAUAUAUACCUGCAAGAGAGAGGGAAGGAAGCUAAAAUUCCACCGCUCAGAACCUGGGAACGGGCUGCCAAUAGGACAAUAAGACUGCUGUAUUCUGAAAUGCGUUUUGACUGUGAAAAGACCAUCCGCUGACAGCUAGCUGAGUAAGAGAGAUACAUUGUUUUUAGCUGUUCCCCUUUGAUCUUAAAAAGGAGAAAAGUAACUGAAAAGCAACUGAAAAUGGAAACUUACUUUCUUGUUUGAGUUGUGUUUUAAAGGGUGUUAUUUUGGAUUAAUGCAAGAACAGAUAUCAAUUGUUUCCCCCUAGAGGAAGUCUCUGAAACUGUUACAAGAGUUGGAUCAGGGGAAUUUUCCAUUGUUAAGAUAAAGCUGUGUGACUGUGCGACUCACCUUGGGUUUCUUUUUGUUUUUUUUUUAAAAAAGUGUUAUGGCAGAUGGGAAAGAAAAAGUAGAUCCAUCAUUCCCAGACAAAACAACAAGGUCUGGGAAGCUUUGGCAGCGAAGAGCGUCUGCAUCCGGCCCUUCUGCCUUAUCCGUGGCUGUACCAACACAACCUAAAUCAAGAGGAAUGUCAUCAGAAGAAGCCCUAGCGCUGGCAUUGAGUAAGAUAAAUGAAUCAUUCCUGUAUAUCAUUUUCAUAAUAUUCUCUCUUAGGGCAUUACAUGCCGUAAACUUCAUACCUGUGGUCCACAACGUCUUGUGCCCAUUUAAUCAUAGCAGAUUUCACCGUUUCAUCCUGAGUAUUCCAUUUCAACAGCAAGUUAUACAUCUUUGACAAAAUCUUAGUUUUGGGUUCUAACAAUUCUGUUUCUAAUUUUCGUUUUUCCACCUGGAAGCCAAUUUUCUUGUCCAAAUUGUAUGCCUCCAUUAUCUGAUAAUAAUGAAGCCAGUCUCGCACUUUGUUUUUUAAUUUUUCAAAACUCUGCAGUUUCAAUCUAUCUCCAUCUUGUUCCAAAAUUUCCCAAUAUUUCGGCCAAUUGACCUCCAUAUUGAGCUUUUUCAGAGCUUUCACUUCCAUCGGUGACAGCCACCUUGGUGUUUUAUUUUCCAAUAAAUCCUUAUAUCUUAUCCAGACAUUAAACAAUGCUUUCCUGACAAUAUGGUUUUUAAAUGCUUUAUGUGCUUUGACCUUAUCAUACCACAGAUAUGCAUGCCAUCCAAAUACAUUGUUAAAACCUUCUAAAUCCAAAAUGUCAGUGUUUUUAAGAAGCAGCCAUUCUUUCAACCAGCAAAAAGCUGCUGAUUCAUAAUAAAGUUUGAGGUCUGGCAGGGCAAAUCCACCUCUUUCCUUUGCAUCUGUUAAUAUUUUAAAUUUUAUUCUGGGCUUCUUGCCCUGCCAGACAAAUCUAGAAAUAUCUCUCUGCCACCUCUUGAAACAGUCCAUUUUGUCCACAAUUUGCAAUGUUUGAAACAAAAACAACAUUCUAGGCAAUACAUUCAUUUUUACCGCAGCAAUACGGCCCAGCAGCGAAAGCUUCAAAUUUGACCAAAUUUCUAAAUCUUUUUUCACUUCAGCCCAACAUUUUUCAUAGUUAUCUUUAAAUAAAUUCCCAUUUUUUGCUGUCAUGUUAAUCCCCAGGUAUUUAACUUCUUAACCACUGUUAAACCUGUCUCAUUCUGAAACCUCUCUCUCUCCAUUGGUGUUAAAUUGUUCUCUAAAACCUUAGUUUUUAAUUUAUUCAAUUUAAACCCUGCAACUUGACCAAAUUCUUGAAUCAGUUCUAAAACCCUUUUGGUACUAGAUUCUGGCUCCUGUAACGUCAGUACUAAGUCAUCUGCAAAUGCUCUCAAUUUGUACUGUUUGGCUCCGACCUGUAUACCUUUAACCAACUGGUCCCUUCUAAUCAUGUUCAGCAAAACCUCCAGGACCGAAAUAAAAGCAGUGGGGAAAUUGGGCAACCUUGUCGUGUCCCUUUUUCUAUCUUAAAUUCUUCCGUCACCACAUUAUUUACAAUUAAUUUAGCCUUUUGUUCUGAAUAAAUUGCACUUAUACCGUUUUCAAAGCCUUGGCCUACCCCCAUACCCUGUAGGUUCUUCUUCAUAAAACUCCAAGAAAUGUUGUCAAAAGCUUUCUCCGCGUCCACAAAUAUCAAAACUACUUUUUCCAAAAUAUCAAUUAUAUUCCUCAAAUUGUCAGACAAGUGUCUUCCCGGGAGAAAGCCCGCUUGGUCUUUAUGAAUCUCUUCCAUCAACACUUUUUUCAGUCUCUUAGCCAAAAUGUCUGCAAAAAUUUUGUAAUCCACAUUAAGUAUGGGGCGGUAGUUCUUAAGCUGCGUCUUUUCAGUCUCUGUUUUCGGUACAAGUGUGAUAUAAGCUUCUUUCCACGACUGGUGCCCUUUUCCCCUCCAUUAUUUCAUUACAGACCUCUUUCAAAGGUUGUACUAGCCAUUCUUUCAAGGAUCUGUAAUAUCUAGAAGUCAGUCCAUCCGGUCCUGGAGAUUUACCCAAUUGCAUGUUUUGAAUGGCACCUUCUAUCUCCUGUUCAGUUAUUUUAUAGUUCAACAUUAAUUUAUUUUCUUGAGAGAUUUAUUGUAAUCCAUUUGUUUUCAAAAAUCGAUCUAGAUCAGUUUCUUUCAGUGGCCCUUGUGUAUAUAGUUGUUUAAAGUACCUCUGGAAACAAUUUCUAAUCUCAGCUGGGUUCUGUAUAUUCCUUCCUUCCACUUCUAAAUUUGUAACUGUAUUUAAUUUUUGUCUUUUUUUCAUUUGCCAAGCCAACAAUUUCCCACAUUUGUUAGCCGACUCGAAUGUCUUUUGUCUCAUUUGUUUAAUUUUCCAUUCUAUCUCCUGAUUCAUCAUUUUCAUAUAUUGCACUUGAUAUAACUUUAUUUCUCUCAAAAUCUCUUGAGACUUUGGUUUUAUUCUCAAUCUUUUUUCACUUUCCUUUAUUUUCUCCAAUAUUUUAUCCUUCUUCUCAUUUUGGAUUCUCUUCUUUAAUGCAUUCUGUUGUAUCAAGAAACCUCUCAUAACAGCUUUGCUUGCGUCCCAGAUUACUCUUUUUUCCACAUUGGUGCUCAUAUUUAUCUCAAAAUAGUCUCUCAAGGUUUUUUGGGCCUUCUUAAGCACUUCUUCAUCUCUAAAUAAGGUGUCAUUCAUCCUCCAUCUAAAGGAGCCAGUUGGUGUUAAUUUCAUUUCCAUCUUGACAGCAUUAUGGUCGGAGCAGGUUUUUGGGCAGGUUUCCACUUUUCUUGUCUUUGGUGCCAUUCCUCUAGUUACCCAUAUUUGGUCAAUUCUUGUCCAUGUCAUUUUGGCUUCAGAAAAGAAGGUUCCCUCUUUAGCCAUGGGGUUCCUUGUUCUCCAAAUGUCAACUAAGUCCAAGUUGUCUGUCAUCUCAAAAAAAGUUUUCGGUAGUCUACCAUCUUUAGUGACUACCUGUCUUUGUGCCUUGUCCAUAUGUGUAGAUACCACUCCAUUCAUGUCUCCCAUCAAAAUCAUGUUGUAAUCCAAAUAGUCCAUCAGGGUCUCAUGCAAGAAUAAAAUUUAAGAUAUUAACCAAUGCUAAAGAAAGAGGUGGAUUUGCCCUGCCAGACUUUAAACUUUAUUAUGAAUCAGUCGCGUUUUGCUGGCUGAGAGAAUGGCUGCUUCUUGAAAAUACUGACGUGCUGGACUUAGAAGGUUUUAACAACGUAUUUGGGUGGCAUGCAUAUUUGUGGUAUGAUAAGGUUAAAGCACAUAAAGCGUUUAAAAACCAUAUUGUCAGAAAAGCACUGUUUAAUGUCUGGAUAAGAUAUAAGGACUUGCUUGAAAAUAAAACCCCAAGGUGGUUGUCACCAAUGGAAGCGAAGGCUCAGAAAAAGCUCAAUAUGGAGGCCAAUUGGCCGAAAUAUUGGGAAAUUUUGGAACAAGAGGGAGACAGAUUAAAACUGCAGAGUUUUGAAAAACUAAAAAAUAGAGUGUGAGACUGGCUCCAUUAUUAUCAAAUAAUGGAGGUGUACAAUUUGGAUAAAAAAAUUGGCUUCCAGGUGGAAAAAUCAAAAUUGGAAACAGAAUUGUUAGAUCCCAAAACUAAGAACCUGUCAAGAAUGUAUAACUUGCUGUUGAAAUGGAAUACUCAGGAUGAAACGGUGAAAUCAACUAUGAUUAAAUGGGCACAAGAUGUAGGACAUAAUAUUAUGAUGGCUGACUGGGAACAGUUAUGGACCACAGGUAUUAAGUUUACGGCAUGUAAUGCCUUAAGAGAGAAUAUUAUGAAAAUGAUAUACAGGUGGUACAUGACCCCAGUCAAGCUUGCAAAAAUAUAUCACUUGCCCGAUAAUAAAUGUUGGAAAUGUAAAGAGACUGAAGGAACAUUUUUUCACCUUUGGUGGACGUGCCCAAGGAUUAAGACAUUCUGGGAGAUGAUUUAUAAUGAAAUGAAAAAGGUAUUUAAAUAUACCUUCCUGAAGAAACCAGAGGCCUUUCUCCUGGGCAUGGUCGGCCAAUUGGUGCCAAAAAAGGAUAGAACUUUCUUUAUGUAUGCUACAACAGCAGCAAGAAUACUCAUCGCAAAGUAUUGGAAGACACAAGAUCUACCCACCCAGGAAGAAUGGCAGAUGAAGGUGAUGGACUACAUGGAACUGGCGGAAAUGACUGGCAGAAUCCAAGACCAGGGAGAAGAGUUGGUGGAAGAAGAUUGGAAGAAAUUUAAAGUUUACUUACAGAAACAUUGUAAAAUUAAGGAAUGUUAGAAGGAUGUUGGAAUGAAGUAAUGUGGUUUUAGCAGAGAUGCUGUAAAGGAUUAAGAAAAAAUAGAUUGUUAAAUGGUGAAAGGAGGUAAAGUAAAGUUACACUAUAUUAAGAUAAAAUAGAGGACAAAAACUGGAAAAGAUGGAAAGGAUUUGCUGAAAUAGCUAAUUGAACUAGAAUACAAAAAAGGGAGGUGUGAGGAGGUCAAGGAAAUAAGCAAAUGAAAGAUAAGUUAUGAGAAGAUUCAUUGUAUUUUUUUAUUUUUUUCUCUCUUUUUCUUCCUUUUUUCUUUUUUUUCUUUAUUGUGAUGUGAUGUUCUGUUUUUGCUUAGUAUGCUGUUUUUUGUUUUUUAUUUUUGUAAUCUUUCAAAUCUUAAUAAAUAUUAUUU